GCACGCUGCUUCCACCACGCAAUCAUCACCACGACCCUCUUGUCCAUCCAAUCGACAUCACAAGAGUGCGCGCGCAUCGACGAUAAGCUUGCCAUUGCCAAUUCUCUUAUUGCGAGGCGCAUUAUAUCGUCAAGAUGACUGCCAUUGAAAGCUUCGAUAACAUCUACCUUGAUCUCUCCAAGGAGAGCGGCAAGUGCAGAUUUGCGGAAAACGGUUUCGGUUGGAAGCCAUCGGCCGGCGGCGACACCUUCACCCUCGAUAACGCUAACAUCGGCUCCGCGCAAUGGAGCAAGGCCACAAGGGGCUACGAGAUUCGUAUCCUGCAGCGCAACUCGGGCAUUAUCCAGCUUGAUGGUUUCGCACAAGACGACUAUGACCGCCUUGCUAAGGUAUUCAAGAACUGGUACAGCACUGCUCUGGAAAGCAGGGAACAUGCCAUUCGUGGCUGGAACUGGGGCAAAGCCGAGUUCGCAAAGGCAGAGCUCACCUUCAACGUGCAAAACAAACCAGCAUUCGAGCUGCCAUAUUCAGAAAUCGGAAACACUAACUUGACGGGUCGCAAUGAGGUCGCUGUCGAGAUGUCCUUGCCGCAAGACGCCAACGACACCGGCACAGACAACGUUGGUGGCGCGCGUGGCAAGGGCAAGAAGGCCGGCGCCGGUCGCGACCAGCUCGUUGAGAUGCGAUUCUACAUCCCUGGUGUGACGACCAAAAAGGAGGCUGAUGGAGAUGCCGGUAGCGAUGCGGGCGAAGAGGAGGAACAGAAUGCUGCCACCCUCUUCUACGAUACGCUCAUUGAGAAGGCCGAGAUUGGAGAAAUGGCUGGCGAUACUAUUGCCACCUUCCUCGAUGUUCUACACCUUACCCCCAGAGGUCGUUUCGAUAUCGACAUGUACGAAGCUUCCUUCCGUCUCCGUGGCAAGACCUACGACUACAAGAUUCAGUACGAUGCCAUUAAGAAAUUCAUGGUUCUUCCCAAGCCGGACGACAUGCACUGCAUGCUUUGUAUCGGCCUUGACCCGCCCCUGCGUCAGGGUCAGACCAGAUACCCCUUCGUGGUCAUGCAGUUCAAGAAGGACGAAGAAGUUACUAUUGACCUGAACCUCGAUGAAGAGGCCCUCGCAAACAAGUACAAGGACAAGCUGGACGCCCACUAUGAGGAGCCUUUGCACCACGUUGUUGCUAAGAUCUUCCGCGGCCUUGCCAACAAGAAGAUCUCAUCCCCUGCCAAGGACUUCAUCACUCACCGCCAGCAAUUCGGUAUCAAGUGCUCCAUUAAGGCGAGCGAAGGUUUCCUGUACUGUCUAGAGAAGGCCUUCAUGUUCGUCCCCAAGCCAGCCACAUACAUUGCCUAUGAGCAGACGCAAUCCAUCACCUUCUCGCGCGUGGGUGGUGCUGUAACUGCACUCUCUACUUUUGACAUCACAGUCGUGAUGAAGGGUGGCGCCGGUUCUUCGCAGUUCAGCAACAUUAACCGUGAGGACCUUAAGGCCCUCGAAGCUUUCUUCAAGCUCAAGGGUCUACGGGUUAAGAACGAGAUAGACGAGAACGCCAACAUGCUUGCGCAGGCUAUGCGUGAGCAGGCCAUGGACGACUCCGACGACGACGGAGGCAAGGCCGACCUCGGAUCCGCCGCCGAAGAUGGCGAGAGCGAGGAUGAGGACUUCGAGGGAGGCAGCGACAGUGACGUCGCUGAAGAAUUCGACAGUGAACACGACUCUGGCUCAGGAUCAGAUGGGGAAAGCGGCAGCGGUGGCGGUAGCGGCGAUGAAGAUGAGGAAAUGGAGGAUGAGGAUGACGAAGAGGAAGAGGAGGAGGAGGAGAGACCGAAGAAGAAGAAGAAGACUGGUUAAACAGAUGACACGGACUUGCACAAAAGCUCGGCUUGGUUCAGAAAGCGGAAUGGUAAGGGGGGCUUGUAUAACGGACAUUGUAAAGCAGAGUGGCGUUAAAAGGCUAUUGGACGUGGAGCUGUUUUUUUGCAUCCAGUCUUUUUUUUGUUAAUUGUUUGAUAUAGGAAUGGGACCAUUACAUUUAAACUAAAAUCGUAUGUGCGCUUCUUCUACAAAGUGACUCAGUGAAUGAUGUGCAAAGCUAGUAACAGAAAAGCCGGAAUAGUUUUCAUUGAAAUGCGGAUGGUAUAUAAAUAUAGAGACAGAAAAUGCGAUAUGUCCGAUAUGCGGAGGAAAAGAAAGGGACAAAAUACAUGAUUUCGAGCGCGCUAUGGUCUAGGCUUCAACAUUAAAACAGGGGCAAUGUGCUCAUUAUGCAAGGCGGGGAUGCGGGAUGCUGAUCAGAUAUACGACAUGAGAAAUGGUAAUUUUGUAAUCCGCAGAAAGGUCCAUAAGGCGUGACCUCCACGUAUCCAACAUGAAAAGUGUACACACGAGCAGCAGGCUUUUUACUCGUCGGCACUUGAAGCAGGCUCUCCAUUAUUAGCCUUCUUGCGAGGUCGGAAAAGAUCAACCAGAGUUUCGCUCAAGCUUCUCGACCGAAGCCUUGGCUGUGCUUCUGGCACCAAUGGCGUUUCAUCCGUGUAUGUGGUGGGCAGCUGGGUCUCUGACUGAGGAACUAGAGUUUGCUGGGUAUCGGCCUCGCCGUUGCUGCCUAGGAUGUCUGGUUCGUCUUCAUCGUCGAAGUAUAAACUUGCGCGGAUGGUGGAUCGAAUGCGGCGCAGUGAAGACCGCGAGCCUACCGUGUGUUGGUUUUCUCGCAAGAAAGCAUCCUUAACAACGGCGGUAACGGUAGAAGAAAGCGGAGAUGGAUUAAUAAACGUGCGCGAACGGUUGGUGUUCUUGAGGUUUGAGAGGUUUGUCCGCGGUGUGACAGGGCGGUCUUGACCAAUCUGGCCAUCGGUUUCUCUUAGAGGCGUUGCUAAUGUCGUGUAUGAUGUUGUAGAAUCAACGCUGGUGGCUAGGAUCAGUGGAGUUUCCGGCGUACCCUCGCUUGACUGGUGGCCAGAGGUGCCGACGACAUCGAUAGGCCCUGGUGGUUCGUCGAUGAGCGAUGUCGCUGGGCUCACCAAGUCUUUGCCGCGAGGAGACUCAACGUUGUGUCGGUCUUGGUCAACAAAGCUGACUUUGGAGAUUUUGCUCGACCGACGAGAUCGCGGGAUAGAACCGGCGUCGUCAUUGGCAACUUGUGUCGGGUUGCCAUCUUGGUCCAUUAAACCAAUGGUUUCUUCAAUCCCGUCAAGGUCCAGCAGCAUAUCUUCAUCGUCAUCACUUUUAUGCUGGCGGCCUGUUGUAAUAAGAAAAACGCCGAAAAACGUCAAGAGGCAACCGCCAAUAAACUUUUCCGCCUGCUGGAGAGUCGUCUUUUCAAAAUCGCGAUAGAGGAUCGCACUACCGAGGAUGACACAGAGUGUAAACAUGACAAACUGGAUGGGAAUGACUUGUGUCGAAUCAAAACGCUGCAAGGCUUUGUUGACGUAUCGAAUUUGCAGGAUGGCGGUUCCCAACAAAACGACCAGUAGAAGGUAGGUAAUGGGUGUUGUGAAGGCUCGAAGGAGAGUCGAAGAAAGCAUUGACGAAACACCCUUGGUAGCUAAGGCAGUAUAUCCUCCUACAUAGUCUGUUAGCACAAGUUCAAACAUAACUCAGUCCUCUCCACUUACCAAAUAGGCCGACCAAACCGAGAUCAAUCAAAAUAGUGUGGCGGCCAUACCGAGGACUGGCCCACAUCAACAGGAUUAUGAGCGUGACGGUGACGGCAAAGUAGACCUUAAAUUCAAAGGUCGUGAUGGCUUUAAUAAUGUCGUUGGGAUUGAGCUUGGUCUCUUCUGUCUUGGCGCUGAAGACAACAGUGACAACUCCCAGCACAGCAAUGACCACACCCCAGAAGUCCCGUAUGCGGAAUCGUUCCUUGAACAUGACGGGGGCGAUAAUGCAGUUGGACACUAGAGCCACGACUCCCAAUGGUGAUACGAUGGACGCCGGGGCAAAUCCAUACGCCAAAAAGUUGCCCAUUUCUCCGAGUGUGAUGAGGAUCUGGCCCAGCCACCAGUACGGCGACUUGAGGUAGCUUGAAGACUGCUUUGCUUCACGGCUGAGAGCCUCGGGACUCGGAUCAUCGGAUUCGGAUCCCGACAGGAGACUCGUCUCGGAGCGUAUCAUGGCUUCCCCUGAGUUGGUUCUGCCAUUUCCAUUUGGUGGCCGUUGGCCCGAGUCUUCGCGGCUUGCUGUCGCGCCGUACUGGCCAUUGGGACCACCGGUUUGUGUUCGUUUCAGAGCUAGACGUGCUUGCUUUUUUAAUCUAGCACGCUCUUUGUGCAGUCUGGUAUGUGCGUAUCGCUGGACGUUGAGCGCCAGAGCAAUGAGGACAUUUCCAACAAUGGCUGUCACAAUACCAAUCAGCGACGACCAUCGCUGCAGCGUGUCUCCAUCACUGGGCUUGCCGCCCUUCAGUAUGUCGAUCAUGGCAUUCGCCGAAGAGUCCGUCCGCAUCGCAGGCUGCGUUCUAGUGAUUAGUGGUUGAUAGAAUCACGGCUGCUUGACCGAGAGAAGCGACCCUUGUUGGCGACCGGCGCGAAGGGCCUUUUAAAGCUGAUGCUUGCCCAGCAGAACAGAGGCAGCGGCCGUUAGUUCAUCGAGGAUUCUCCAGGGAGCAACGAUCUGCGAUAACGAUGCUGGCAGGCGUUGUAGUCAGCGAUGUCGGCUUCUGCGGUAAAACGGUGAUGUCGUAUUGAAAACGCUGGGCGUCAUGUCAUCCGCGUAUUUUUGGACGUCGGCGGCUUCGUCAUUGCUGCCGCCACCGACAGGCA